AUGGACCCAAAAGCUGUACGACCAGACAGAGAUUUGACAGGGAAACAAAAAGUACCGAGGAUAAGAAAGAAGCCGAUAGAUGAAGAGCUACUUAGUCAUGUGUUGCGAUUACAUGGUGAUGACUGGUCGAGAAAACUCAACGGUGACACGCGUUUAUUACUGUUACAGUUGAUGAAUAUCGAGGCUAAGGUAGUUAAAGGAGAUAACAUGCUAAGUACCUCUACUCCCCCACCAAAAGAUCCGCGAACGAUUUCUCUUAAGGAAAUGUUCGAACAAAAACCAUCAAUGGACGGCAGACGAACGGAGGAACUGUCCGAGAUCGCUCAUCGACGAGCGAUCGCCGCUGUGGAUUGGGUGGAUAGCCUGACUGAAAUCGCCGAAUUGCAAGAUACUGAUGAUAAGGUGGCUUUGGUGAAGUCGUGCUACUCUCCACUAACAAUCUUCAAUUUUUCGGCGCGAACAGCUCAGAACACUCCAAAUCCUGAUAUUCUUUGCCUUUGCAGUCAUUCCUAUGUGCCAAGGCGCCUACCUCCGGAGUUCAACGAAACAAAUCAUUUGUCCAAUGUGCUGAUUGAUCGAACGCUGAACGAAUUGGUGGCCCCGUUGAGAAAGCUGAAUCUCAAGGAAGAAGAAAUCGUCCCAUUAAAGGCCAUUAUAAUUUUGAAUCCCAAUGCAAAAGGCUUGUCCGACCACGCCAAGGUGGCCAUCAAUGAUCUCCGUGAUAAAGUUCAAGACAUGCUGUUUCAAAUCGUCAAGGAGUUGCAUUCGGUCUACACAGCCAGCAGUCGUUUCGGUAAUCUACUAUUGCUGCUGCCGACGAUUACCACCCUGUCCGGGUUGAUGAGCGAGAAUAUGCAAUUCUGUCAAGCAUUUGGUGUUCGACAGAGUGGUGAUCCGCUUCUUUCGGAAAUGUUUGGCGAUUUCAAGUCGAAAAUUGACGACCCAACAAUUUCAUCGUCGUCAGUUAGCCCACCAUUGUACGAGAAUCCGGCAGAGAUCUCACUAGAGGUUCGUUUUCCUUCUGUUUAUCUUCCAAAAUUACGGUCAUGGCUCGUAGUUGUCCAGUGUUUUCUGGCAUCGCGAAGGAGACGAGCGUCGCACUUAAAUCUGUAUCCAUGGGUAGAGUUAGCCAGGAUUUGGUGUGAAAUAGAUUUUCUUGGCUGA